GAGAAUCAUAACAACAACAACAACAACAAUAACUACUAUCGAGAGCGCAAUCAGUCCCUCGUCGUGGAAGUGAUUGAGUUCAAAGAUGAGAAGAUUCCGAUUGGAACUACCAACAUUCUCAAGCAGAGCUUUGAGAGCCAGAACUUUGACGAGUGUGAGAAUGACCUCCUGGUGGAUGAGGCACAACGGAAAGGGUAUCCAUAUGAAAUCAGAAAAAAGAUCUACAGAUGGGUCAUAUUCUGCAUCAUUGGCGUACUUACAGCUUUAGUUGGCGUCGCUAUUGACAUUUCCAUCCAAAAACUGUCAGACUUCAAAUACACUAAACUCAAGGAAUAUCUGGACUGGUGUUGGGAUGCAGACUGCAUGUACCAGCCCUACCUCGUCUGGUUGGCAUUUAAUCUGAUUGCUGUACUACCUGGAACCUUGCUAGUUGCAUUUAUUGAGCCAGUAGCAGCAGGCAGUGGAAUUCCAGUAGUCAAAUGUUACCUCAAUGGGAUCAAGAUUCCUCACAUUGUGAGAUUCAGGACUUUGGUGGUGAAAGCAAUCGGUGUUGUGUCCUCUGUUGUAGGUGGCCUUGCUUGCGGGAAGGAAGGCCCCAUGAUUCAUUCUGGUGCAGUAAUAGCUGCUGGGUUUUCACAAGGAAAAAGCCAGUUUCUGAGAUUUUUGAAUUUGAAGUCGUUUUCGAAAUUCAGAGAUGACCGGGAGAAGCGAGAUUUUGUGUCCGGAGGGGCAGCUGCAGGAGUGGCUGCAGCCUUCGGAGCACCUGUUGGUGGAGUCCUGUUCAGCUUGGAGGAAGGUUGUAGUUACUGGAACCAGGGAUUGACAUGGAGAAUAUUUUUUGCAUCUACUAUUUCCGCUUUUACACUCAAUGCUUGUAUGAGUUGGUAUGAAAAUCAUCCUGGAAACAUGUCUUAUGAUGGCCUCCUGAACUUUGGCAGUUUUGACAACUUAAACUAUGAACUUCCAGAACUACUUAUAUUUGUUGUGAUGGGGGCUAUUGGAGGGCUGCUUGGGGCUUUCUUCAACUUUACCAACCACAAACUUACAGUUUUUAGAAUGAGGUACCUGAACACCCCUUGGUUGAAGGUAGCAGAAGUACUGGUAGUAUCUGCUGUCAGUGCCACCAUCCCUCUGUGCAUGGUCUAUGGUCUACAACAGUGUGUCAACAUGGGGGACAACCCUACACCGUACCCCAUACAGAUGCAUUGCCAAGAUGGUGAAUAUAAUUCAUUGGCAUCACUCUGGAUUCAACUUCCUGAAACUACUGUCCGAUCAUUCUUUCAUGAUAUAAAUGGGACACAUAGAAUGACAUCUCUAAUACCAUUUGUCAUUGUCUACUACAUCCUGUCUAUUUGGACAUACGGACUGACUGUGUCUGCGGGUCUGUUCAUCCCCUGUCUACUCACUGGAGCAGCUUGGGGCAGAAUGAUUGGGAUCGGCCUGGAGACUUACUUUCCUGGCGUGCCUAUUUUGGCAAAUCCAGCUAAAUACGCUCUGAUCGGAGCAGCAGCUCAGCUCGGUGGCGUUGUCAGGAUGACCAUCAGUCUCACUGUUAUCCUCAUAGAGGCCACUGGGAGCAUCAUCUUCGGUCUGCCUCUCAUGAUAACGCUCCUGACAGCCAAGUGGGUCGGAGACUUCUUCAAUGAGGGCCUGUAUGACAUCCACAUACAACUAGCCGGUGUCCCUCUGCUGGCCUGGGAGCCACCUCCACUGUCCUUCUCCAUGGACACUCGCACGUUCAUGAGUCACCCUGUAACAACUCUCCAGCCCAUCGAGUCCGUUAGGAGGGUUGUGCAUGUUCUGAAGACGAGAACUUACAACGGGUUUCCUGUUGUGGAUCCAAUAAUUCCUACCGGGGAUGGAAUCAGCUCGUUUGGUCGGAUGAGAGGCUUGAUUCUGCGAAAUCAGCUGAUUGUUAUGCUGCAGAACAAGAUAUUCAAUAUUUCCAGUGACACUAAUGCCAUCAAUAUACAGCUGUUCCGAAGAAUUUAUCCCAAGUUCCCCACAAUUAAUGACAUUUCUUUAACAGACGAAGAAAUGAACCAAAGCUUGGAUUUGAGGCCUUUCAUGAAUCCUUCCCCUUACUGUGUCCAAAUGAACUCAUCUUUGCCGAGAGUAUUCCGAUUGUUCAGAGCCUUGGGUCUGAGGCAUUUGAUUGUCGUCAAUGACACAAAUGAAGUUGUGGGCAUGGUGACAAGAAAAGAUUUGGCAAAGUACAGAACGUGGAAGCAUUUAGGUCAGUUUGGUGUAAAAGAGUUGAAAAUAAUUAAAAAAUGAUAAUGUAUAUUAUUUAGAUGUGCACAUUUUAGUACAAAAUCAUAUAAAGCCCUAGGAGAUACUUGAGUGAUGUAAGUCAUAGCCACACAAAGAUCUGUCUGUGGUAUUCCUCAUGUUUUCACAUAUUGGAAAUGCAGUAAAGUAAACUCAUACAACCCUGUUGUACUUUUAACAAUUUCAAGGUAGUCCACACUGGUUUUAUUAAUGACUUCAACUAGCUUUGAGCCAUUUGAACAUAAAAUAAUAAUUUAUUGUUCUUUUAGAGAAAGAAGGUUGUUUGUAUGUUAAGUUAUUUCAGAAUGUGUUGAUAAUAUCAAAUUUGUAUAAAAUGUUUGUAAACUAAUUUGUCUACUGUUUUUUUAAAUAUAUGUUCGUACAUUUUUUAAA